AUGGCUAUGAUAACUGAGCAGAAUGGCUGGAAUCUUCAUGAAAAGCCCAAACUCUUCGCAUUAAUUGGUGCUGUGAUUAUGGCCGCAAUUCUAUUAUUAUCCUUCCCUUUCGUUCGCCGUUUCCUCUACGAGCCGUUCCUUCGACUACACCAAGCCCUGGCCACAGCCUGCAUAUAUUUUGUAUGGCGGCAUUUGCCAUCCAAUACUCUGCUGCCUCGGCUAUAUGUUUACAUUACGCUUGGCAUAAUGCUACUUGCAUUUCUCGUCGAACUUGUCUUUUUUAUGGUUAGGAAUGGUGUCUUUCCCCCCCGUCCCUAUUCUCGUGCCUCUAUUAGAUGUGAUCGGAUGCAACAAUCACCAAUUCAGGGCAAAGAAGGAACACCGCUGAAAGUAAGGAUCGCACUUACAAGGCCCCUACAUGUCGAAGCAGGCCAAUACAUAAGUCUCUGGGUACCCGCGGCAAACCUAUUCUCCUGGGCCCAGACACAUCCAUUCAUGGUGACAUCUUGGUCGCCAGAAAAGCAGGAUGUCCUGGAGCUUUUUGUUCAACCUCGAAGUGGGCUGACUAGGACUAUACACCAUCGUACAGCUCUGGAUGGCUAUGCGUCCUUAACAGCAUUUGUUAGCGGGCCGUAUGGAGUCAGCAAAUCUGUAGACCAUUACGAAUGUGUCUUGGCAAUUGCGACCGAUUUCGGUAUAGCAGGUGUUAUUUCUUACCUUAAAAAGCUCUUGUACGGAUAUAACACUUGCACGUCACAUGUGCGCCGUGUACAUUUCGUGUGGGAAGUCCAAACAUUGGAUAUUGCGGUUGCAGCCCAACCACUUCUGAACAGCUUGUUAAGCGAUGAUAUUUUGGACGACGGUUAUGUGGGUUGGCUCUUCUUAGUCGAUGUUUUUGAGAAUGACCCUGUUGAUUGGAAUGCCUGGCUCAUACCAGAGGCACUCCACGAUGAGAAAUAUUUGGCUACCUCACAACGCAGCUCUAUCAGCCUGGAUGACUGUAUUGGGAGUCACCAUUUACUGGGAUACACUCAGUUUCAGUCAACACGGCCGGAAGUCUCUCCGCCAUCAGAUGAAACUUUACAGUUGACGUAUCCCAACGACAGCAACAAAGAGAUCAUGAUAACGGGUCUCCGAAAACCAGGCCCAGGUGAAUAUGCCUCUGCAAAUCAUGAAAACACAGAGAUUCAAUUCCAAAUGAUCAAUAAAAAAGACCAUCUCGAUUCUUCAUUGCCCAGUGAAGAACACCGGGGAAGAGUCCUUACUUCACCAACUUUCAAGUUUCCGGAAGUACAGGAUAUCGAAAGAGGGUUGUUCUACGAAUACCAGCCGGUCAAUCAUUGGACCCAGGCACAUGAGUACGUUGACUGCAUCCAAGCAAUAUGCCAGAUUUCAACUGGUGAGACAUUGAGCGAAAAACAAGCUCGAGACAUCCAAGACUGCGGUGAUACUUUGAUUGCAAUUAUACGUUCCGACGACCCGAUUGCCGCCUUCGAGUCUCUUUUAGUCAAGUGUCACCUGCAUACCUUACCAAGCAUUGACUUUUAUGACUUGAACUCGUCUCUGAUGGCAUGCGUGACAUACCUGAGGUAUUUAAACUCGGUCACUGGUUCCAGUUCGAAGUCAGACGAUGUGAAUCGUCGCCUUGCCCAAGUUUGGAUCCAUAUACAUUUCGAAAAUUAUGUCAAUGAUUUGAAGGAACGUGAGAAAAAUGGUCUUCCGCUUAACCGACAACGUCGGGCAAUCCCCACAGUAGCUAGGGAUUCUAUCUUGCAGGCUUUUCAUGGGCGUCAGUUCGUGCCCCGAAAAGCAGAUCGCGAUUUUUUAAGCGAUCAAUGCCGCUGGGGCGAACGUUGGUGGAAAGUUGCUACUUGCAUGGGACUUAGUGUGGUUCUCCUAGCCAGUGAAGACUUGGCAAAUCAAAUAGGCAGAAGAACAGCGUUUCAGAAUAAAAUGGUAGACACGUUGGCCAUUUAUAUUCUCAAUCGUUACCCAGCUCUGAUUAGACUUUAUCGAUCAUUUGAGCCUAUAGCAGUAGGCCUCAUGCUUGGAGGUGAUAAUGUCUUCUCCAGGGACCAACUACACAUAUUCUUAAAUGCGCUCGUGGAGGAUGAUGCAGAUUCAUGCGAUCUAGAAAGAUGGGUGGUCCCCAACCUCAAGUCCUUGUCGAAACUUGCUGCUUCCCGCUUGAUAUUUCUCCAGAGGUCCUAA